CAGAAUUCCAAUAUAAAAAUUCUGUUAGAACAUUAUUUUCUAUUAUAACUUCUAUCUUUAUAUAAAGAUUAGACGAAAGUUUAUGCGUUGCUCUGUUUUUAUUCAUUCAUUUGCAUUCAUAAAGAAGAUAAUUUCUGAAUCGGUCAAAAAGUAAACAUCAGUAAAUACUCGAAACCCAUUGCAAAUUUGAAAAAUAAAUCAAUUGGCUAUAGAGCCAAAAAUCUAAAACAUUUGCCCGUGAAGAAGUUUAUAUUGCAAGCUCCAGAUGACAAUUCAUGCAUAAGAUUGCUUUAAUAUUCGAUAUCGCAGAAGCGGAAGUGGAGGGAGGAAUUAUAUGAAAUGAUGUGAUGAAGUAAUACCGGAAAUGUUCACCUGAUACAAAAACUCAUGUUCAACGUCGAUUUACUGUUAUUGGUGAAUUAUCUGACAAUAGUUUAAACUUGGGAAACAUUUAAAAAAAUAUAUAAAAGCCAACGACCCACAAAUGACAAAACAAAUAAUUACUUUUCGCAGUAUAGAAAUAGAAAAUGUAAAACUCAAGUUGUAGGUAUUAAUAUCUCUUCAAAAAUUCCCCCGUUUAUCGUAACAUAUUUGAAUUUACCCAAUCCAAAAAACUACACUGGGCAUACAUUUCGACGCUCUUCAGCGUCUCUAUUAGUGGAUUUCGGUGGUUAUAUAAUUCAACUAAAGAAGCACGGUGGGUGGAAAUUGGAAAUCCAACACAGUUGCGGAAGGUUACGUGAAUGACUCAAUAAAAAACAAAAUGGAUUCCGCAGUGAAAAUUUUAACGGGAACGACUAGUGCGACUUCAAGUGUUCACGAUCCUACCAACAAUUCAAUAAGUACUAAUACAACUAUAGACGAUGUUAUUUCUUUGAACUCGUUAAAUGUUGACAAUUCAAGUCAGACAAAUUCAAAGAUAUAAAAAAAUAUUCCAUGAACUAUUCCUAUAUUCAUUUUUUAUCUGUGAAAAUAAUGAAAACUUUGUUUUGAGUAGUUUUUUCUUUUAUUGCAAAUCCAGUUUUUGGAAUUCGACAAGAUAAGUAAACUUUCAUGUUAGUUGUUUGACCAUAAAUGAGAUAUUUUAUGGAUUUCAAUCAAAUAAUUGACGAUUAAUGGUCAGAUAUAAAUAAUGUAUUAUUUCACUUAUUAUAAAGUAAAAUUAAAUCUUACACACUAAAUAAUUAUUCUAAUCUUAUGAAUGAUAUUCAAACUAAAACUGUUAUCACUUUAGAAUUGAUUACGAAAUAACCUUGGUCCCAACAAUGGUUUGUCCUUAAAAAUAUAAUGAACAGGAAAUUUUUGUUUAGUUACCUCAAGUGAAUAUGUUUUUUUAUCAUAACGUCAUUUUGUUAAUUACUGAAUUUUGAAUUCUGCCAGGCGCAAUAUUCCAGUAUAGCAUUUAUGUAGAACAGAUAACGGGAGUUGAAAUCAAUAAAUUGAGCACUGGCGCGUUUAGUAGAAACAUGGCGGAUUUGGAUAACCUGGAAUAUUUCAUCAAAUUUCCAAGUCCAAAUUUUAAUUAUAAUCAAAACGGUGAACAUGAUUUUGUGUUUGUUGUGAAUGAGGAGAAGAUUCCGGUAAUACUUUUAUUUGGAUGGGCAGGAUGUCAAGAUAAAUAUUUGGCAAAGUAUUCGCAAAUAUAUGAAGAGAAGGGGUUAAUCACUCUGCGGUACACUGCGCCUAUAAAAUGCCUUUUUCUGAGGAGGUACCAGAUGAUAUCAAUAGGAGAAAAAUUAGUGAAACUACUACACGAAUUGAAUUUUGAUACGCAUCCAAUAAUUGUCCACUGUUUUUCUAAUGGAGGUGCGUUCCUGUAUCAAAAUUUUUCUUUGGCACUGGAAAAAGCACCGAAAGAAUUACCGAUUAAAGGUGUAAUUUUUGAUUCCGCACCUGGCAGAAGAAGAGUUUUGAGCCUGUUCAGAGCAAUAUCGGCUAUAAUAGGAGGAAAUACAUUUUAUAAUUUUUCAGUAUCAUUGAUAAUGACGAUGUUUCUAUCAAUGAUCUGGUUGUAUGAAGUUAUUAGUAAUACAAUAUAUCCCAGGCCAACAUUUCAAUCAAAUCCAUUGGAAAAUUUGAAAAAUGAGAAAAAUAAAUGGCCGCAAUGUUUUAUCUACUCCAAGAAUGAUAACUUAAUUCCGUACAAAGAUAUUGAAUAUUUUGCCAAUUAUAGAAGAAAUCUUGGUGUGGACGUUACUAGCGUUUGCUACGAGAAGAGCCUACACGUGAAACAUUUGGCAGAAAAUAGGAAUAGCUAUGUGAAAACAGUUUACAACUUCAUCAACAAAUGCCUAAAUGAAAAUUCUAUACUUCCAUUAGCCAAAUGAUGAAAUUGAGAUUAUUUAUAUUACGAGUAAAUGAAUAACGUUAGCAGGUAAAUCAACUAAAAACCGUUGUAUUAUUAUCAUUCUAUUAUUGUCAUUUACGGUUUUUUUCCACCUUUUAUUUAACGAUAUGACAUUUUUUAUUGAUUUAAUUUAUUAAAUAAUUUUCGAAAAAUUGCUGCUGUUUUCAGCUAUACUGCUUUCUAUAUAUUUUUUUUACGGCUAUAACACAAAACUGCUGUGUCUUAAUUGUUGAUAGAUCAAUGAGGUACAUUGUUUUUCUUCAAUUCCUUGUAUUACAGUUGUAGUUACUAUUACAGAAUAAAUAAUCUUCAAUGGAAUGUCAAAUUCAUGCAAUGAUAAAUCUGAUUACUUAUAAUUUUAUAAUUGUGAAACGUUUUACAAAACCCUACAAUGAGCAAUGAAAGUUUUAAAUCUUCUUGUUUGUUAUUCAAUGUGUAAUUGAUAUUUUUAUUGUACCUAAAUGAAAAUUAUUGAAAACAUUAAAUUUAAAGUUCAUGCUAGUUGUUACAUUAUUUCGCUAUUAUUUUUUAAGGCCAUAGAGAAAGUAUGGAAUCCUAAUUUCUUGUUUUUAUAACAAUAUGCUAUUUAUUGAUUUGUAGUUCAAUGUUUUGUGGUGAUUGUGCCGAUUUUUUCAUUGGUACUAUUGAGACUUGUUCUUGUUGCCAUAGUUGUUUCAGUCCUAUUGCUGGUGAAGUGUACGUACUUUGUAAUGUUUUCGUUUGUGUGAUGUUUACAUAGUUAGAUAUAUUAAGAUUUGUUUUUUAUUCCAUAGUAGUGACUGACGUCAUAUAUAGCUUAUGGUAUGAUACUGUUGGGUCUGUGAGUAUGGUUAUAUGCCUUCAAAAUUUGUAAUUCUUAUUUUUUAGAAGGUUGAGAGGUGUAUAUUUAUAGGAUGAUGUUCAUGUUUAUUUUAGUUAAUGAGGUCUAGCUGUUAAAUAACGAGACUUUCUUCGAAAAAACGUUUUAUUAUAAAAAUUAUUCUACAUUCGAAUGCCCCUCUUCAUUAUAUUCCGUCCCCUCGCCACACAUCUUUCUAUACGUUUUUUCUAUUGAUCGAAGCAGUGCUGGAAGUCUUCUUUGGUGUGGGCCUUUAGAAGCUCUGCCGUUUUUUGCUUUACCGCUUCCAUCCACUUAAAUCGGGUCCCUUUCAAAGCAGAUCUUUUUCUAACAUUUCUAACCUUUCAAGGAAAUCUGAGCAGACCCGUUGACGCAAGAGCUUGUAGUCAGGAGCCAUAUUUUUUCGCACAGACUAUUGUCAUGUGUAAUUCCUCGUGUAAAAUUUUUCUAACCGUUUCUUUAUCAGCGUUUACAGCCUAGGCAAUCAUCCGGAUGCUCAUUCAAUGAUCUGCACGCUCAAUUUGGUUGAUUGUGGUCUCUGUUUUACGAGUUGAAACAGUUACAGGGUGACAUGGGCGCUGGUCAUCUUUAGUGCUCUCUCGGUCAUCACUAAAGCGCUUAAACUACUCAAAAACACGCGCACGAGUUAGAGAGGCCUAUGUCCUCAUAGGCCUCUUGCAAUAAUUUAUAGCACUCAGUCGGAGUUUUUCCAAUUAGAUGAAAGAUUUUGUUUCGUUGCACAUGGUUUUCGGCACGAGAACGCUGGCAAGCUACUGCACAAAUAUUAUAAUAGUGACGGAAACGUGUUUUGGGACGUGCAUAGACAAGAUAUCUAUAUACCCAACGCACGAGUCGUUUUUUACCCUACCCGUCUAUGGCACCCUCUAGGCGCGCAGUCUCGUUAUUUAAUUGCCAGACCUCGUAUAUGUUGUUGAUAACUCCAGAUGUAUCAUUUUUCUCUGUUUCUUCUCGUUGUUGGACACAAUCUUAUUUUGAUAUUUGAACUACUUUUUCAAACUUGAAAUGCAUACAUUACAUUAAAUGCGGAUAUAUUUUUUAUUCCUGAUAUUCUUUUUGGAUUUAGAAGGCGCACCUUAGCCAUAAAAACGAUAAUUUGCAUAUGAAAGAAGGAGAAUUUAGAGUAAUAUUUGUAACUUAAAAUAAGUUAUCAGUCAAAUUUAUCCAAACUCAAAACCAAGCGGAGCCAAUGCUUCCAAAGAAUUGGUUUGCUUAAAUAUAUGUUACAGUAUUUUUAUUUUAUAUUAUAUUAAGUACAAGUUACAUUGUUUAGUAAAGUUUGAAUUUUCUACGUGUAUAACCAUGCAAAGCCAUCACUUCCAUUGAAUUUGUUUGCCCGAAUGUUUGUUUAUUAUUAAAGUAUGAGAAAGUUUUGAAUAAAUGUUUGAUUGUUUCAAUUUCUUAUCUUGAAUAAUAUGUAAUUGUCUAACUUGUUGUGAAAAAUACUGCAAAUAUAUGAAUGAAUACAUAUCUUUUCUUCUGAAUGAUAGAUUAAUGUUUUACGGAAAAAGUUUAUUUAUACGAGUACCAUUUAUUUUUGGCAACAAAAAAUUUAGUUGCUUUGUAAUUUUUGGCCCUCCCGGUUGCCGACUGAUCCAGGAAGGAACCAUCUAGAAGGUACCGUCGACCAUCUAGAAAACGCUUGAAACCAAGUGCACUUUGGAAACAUUGACUUCUUUGAAUAAAUUACAUUUGACAUGUCACAAAAUUGCGUUGCUCUACUUACUACUAUUUUGCGAGACAUAUAGAUGGCAAUUUUAACGUGCACCGUCACUAUCAUUAUUUAAUAGCUGCACCUCGUAUAUACAUAUCUCUGAGAGAUACACCCCGAUCAAUCACGUAAUGAAGGAUUAAUAUACAAUUAAACUUAAGUAUUUCUGUUAUCAAAGGAUUGCAUCUGAUAUAAGAUUAUAACAAUAUUUACUUUUGAUGUUAUAGAAUUUAUUAUCUUUAUAUAUUAUUAUCUGAUUUAUUUGUGUGCAUUUUCUUAAAUAUCACAGAUUUUUGAAUUCCAAUCUUGGAAGAUUGGUGAAUGUAAGAUUAACGGAUUAGAGAUUGAGUUCGUUUGAUAUUUUUAUUGGAAAUCACUAUCAACUUUUGGACAGAUUUGUUCAUUUCAAUUAUUUCGAAUUAACUCUAUGUCAAGAAUUAUAUCCUAGAUUUUUAGUACUGACAAAAAUUUAAUUUAUCUUUAGUUUGUAUGUUUAUCAAUAUUAUCUUCAUGUUUGCAUAUUAUUAAGAUAAAAAAUGGAUGACCUCGCCUCGCUUUUAAAAAGUUUGUUUACAUAAUAAAACUAUGUGACAACAGUUUUUAACUGCGCUUUAUUCAAAUAUGAUUUUGUUGGAUUUAGAAGGAUAUCAUUAGUCUAUAUGUGCUGGGAAAAUUCUGAAAGAAAAUUGAUUGAUUUUUCCUAUUAGGUAAUUACGGAAACAUAGUUCCUAAACAACUAAGCAAAUUGAUUGGAAAAGGCGCUGGUUAUGUAAACGGCUUGUAUUUAUUAAACAUAGAUUGAAUAACAAAAAUAUGUCACUGACAGCAUGAACGAAUGAUUGAUUGCUUUAUUAGAAUCAGGAGUGUCACAAUAACUGUAGAUACAACAAAUCUCCACCACUAAUGUGAAGGUUGAACGAAAGAUCUUUAUUGAAUUUAGUCUUUGAGGUAGCUUGGUUUUUUUAGUGAGGAUAAAACGGCGUACCUUUAGCUCCUUGCGUCGUACGCAGCGGUUGCUCUUCUUGCGGUGGCUCUUCUUUGGUUGCUGGUUGCUGCAGUGAAGGCAAUUGAACUGGACCAUGACUCUCAGGAGUAAGGUUAUAAGGACGACUUUUUGAAAUGUCAAACACAAUUGGAGGUGGACCACUGUCGCUUCUUUCAUCAGUUUCAGUCGAACCACUAGGAAUUGGCACCCUGGAUGAACAAGUUGAUUGAUAUGUUGAUUCAGCUCACUUCAGCUUUUAGUUUCAAUAUGUAAUGGCGCGAAUCAAGGCGCCAAGAUACAAAACCAAAUUGCCCAGUCUUUUUAUUAUUGAGGUAAAGGCGGACAUUCUUCCCCACUGAUAAUAACCGUUCAGGCAUUGUAGCUAAUGAGGAUUUUGACUUCUUUGGCAGAAAAAUAGCAUCUAAAUCGGUCCGCGAUUUUCCUCCCAGGUAGGAUUCGGCUGGAUAAAUUCAGCAAGUUUUCAGAGCGAGUGCCUUUAUCACAGGGUGAUGUCAUUAAUCAAACCCCGUGACUUUCAUUUUAUUGAUCGCCCGAUUACCACAAUUAAUGAGAAGCAGUUUUUCGAGUCCAUGAGCUCUCUCAAAGGUCUUAUUGUUUCCACACAAAUCCAAGAUUCAGUUUGCUGUUUUGUUUGGUACCUAAAGAUAAUGUUUAAAUUUUAAAUAUUUACAGCCGUCCGUUUUAAAAGUUUCGAACUAUUUCUUUGUAUACGGUAUAAUUUUUUACGGAACAGAGAAAUAUGAAUGUAACUAACUUAAUUUUAACCUAACGGUAAACUUCAAUAGAACCUCGCGAUAAAUUAUGACAGAACCAACCACUCCAUUUUUUUAAAUGCCGUUUUUAUUAGAGUAGAAAUUUAUACGUAUGAAAACAAAAGCGAGUAGAUGUAUUCUAACAAAAAUUGUUAAUGUUUUGUUAGAAUGGAGUAGAUUUUGAAAAAUAAAUAUUAUUAUUCGAAACUAUUGAGUUUACGAUAGUAGCAAAUGAAGAAAAACAAGUUGAAAGGAGGCUCGUAUAUCUCAGCUGAUCAUCUGUAGCUGUAACACAAAUGGGACUAUUUUUUCCUUAAAUUUUUCAAGAUGAAGUAAAAAAUCAUUAAGUCGUAAAUCUGGUGAUCUGAGAGUCCUAUGUGAAGAAAUAAUUUUGUCCAUAUCCUAGCCCCCAUUUCGUACCCUUAUGGGUUGAAUUCCUCAAAAUUCUCAAGUACUCAUUUGCGUCAUUCAAAUAACAUUUGUUUACUUUUAAUGAUUUUUUUUCAAAUUUCUAGCAUUUAUGACUAAGUUGCUGGUUUAUCAUAGUGAGAAAGCACUAAUAAAAAUUGCGGUAACUCUUUUUAAUAAGCCUUCGAUGCUCUGUAUAUCCCGUAAAGAAUGAAGGCGUGACUAUAAAGCAUAAUGAGAAACUAUCAACAACCCAUAAACUGAGCGACUGUUUCAAAUUGACAUUUUAGGCAACUUUAUGUCUUCUCACUCCUUAGGCAGUGAAAUUGGCAAAAACCAUAAUAUAUAUGAUUGACUGACUUCAUAGAACCUUUCAUUUACAGUUAACCUCUUUGAAAGCUGAAUUUUCAAAAACCUUGAAAUUCGAAGUUAUUAUCUUCAAUCUCUAACAUUAACUAAUUGGAAAUCACUAACUUACAAAAUUGGACGGACUUUUAUGCAGAUUUCCGUUUCUUAUUCAACCCUAUUAGGACUGUUCAACACAAAAAAUAUUUUACUAUUUUGUGAGGUUAUGUUAUAAAAUAACUGUCUAAAUUUCGUGAUUGUAAUUUCGAGUGUAUAAUGAUGAAUAUCUCAGUCAAUUAGAAUCAAUUAGAGUCAAUUAGAAUCAGAUUCAUGUUAUUUUUGAAUGGAAAUGACUUCGAUGUAAGGAAUUUCGAGUAGUUAUCGACUAGUCCCUCUGGUUUAGAGUUAACAAAGAGUGUAGUGGAAUUAUAAUUUAUAAGGAAGUUUUAUUGAAAGUUCAAUGCACAGUGGAAAUCCGUUGCUUGAAGAUUUUACAUUGGAAUUAAUAUGCAUUGUAGAAUAUAACAGUUAUUUAAGUCCGCUUGACAUAAUGUAAUACACCCUUGCAAUGCAAUGUAAUAUUUCUUGAUAAAAAGCAUACGCAGAUGAAGUUCAGCUGAUUGUUUCAUGCAAGAUCUCGCACUUGCAACAUCAUCAGUUUGGUGCCAUUUUUAUUGCGUGAAAGCUGCAAUUCUAGGGAGAAAUUCAGUUACUUUUAGCUUAACAGCAAACCUAUCCAUCAGGCUCCCAAACAAAGCCAGCAGCAGAUAUAAUUAUUGACAGUGUUAUCAUUGUUAAACCGGUCACAAAAUAUUGAAUCAAAUUAUAGGUAAGAUAUUUGUUUAAUUCACUUAUUUAAUUUUUAUUAGUGGCAGCCAUGAUGCUAUGACACAAGACAAAGCGACGUGCAAUAUUCAUCUAUGCAAUAUUUUGACCUCGCAAGAAAUUGCAUGCUAUGUCAUGUGGCCUUUAACAAUAGUUUGGCCAUUUUGGGAAGACGACAACUUUACGACAAUCUUAUAUAAUGUUUGUCGCAGUAAAUAGCCAAUUAAGUACUUUUGCCUGAAAGAAAACUAUGCAUAUCUAAUUUUAAUUAUAUCAAUAUAUUUAUUUAAUUGAUAUGUAUGUGGUGGUAUAAUUAUAUGAAAAACGAUUUUAUUAAACAAGAAAUGUUAUUUACAAAAACUAAAUGUCCUUACUUCAGUUGAUAGUUUAUAUUUAUCUUUGUGAUACGAAAAAUAGGUUAAUUUUCAAUUUGCACAAUUAUUGUAAUUUAAAUGAUUUUAGAAGAUAUAUUUAUGAAAUUAUUAUAACAUUGUUAUUUAUCUGCUAAUAAUUACGUUGAC